AACUUUGACUUUUUUUUAUUUUUUGAAGAAAUUUUACUUGUUUUAAAUCUUUUAAUUUUAAGAAAAUAUGCUAGUUAUCUUUUUUGUUUUUCUUUUGGUGUCGCAAGUUUAUACUCAAAACUUGAGAGCAUGCAGUAGAGCUAAUAGAAUAAAAGUAAAAGAGCUUUCUCUACAAACUAUGUACCCAGGAAAAUCUGCAAAUGCAAGAGUUGUUAUUACAGCAGAAGGAGUUACUCCAGAUUUAGAUAUGGUGAUGGAAAUGCCUUUUUGCAAAUUUGUUCCGUGCUCAAUGAAACUGACAUGCAGUGAUUUCAGUGGCGCUGGUCUUCCGUGCCAACUUUCAAGUGGCCACGAAUAUAGUAUAACAAAAACACUAAAUGUUCCGUUUGCAGCUAUUUUACUCAAGGGUAUUCACAAUAUCAAAGUUAAACUAUCCAAGAACGGCCAAGAGUUCGGUUGUUUCGAGUUCUAUGCUCAAAUAAGAUAAAAUUAAUAAAAAAAGACCAACAAACUAUAAAUAUUUCGACCAAAACCCAUGUAAUACAGAAAAACCUUUAAAAUGUUCUUUUUGAAAUAAAUAUUAUAUAAAUUAA